AAUGGCAACGAUAAAAAAAAUUAAUGCUCCAAUAGCUAAGCAACUCAGAUCCUGCAUCUUCCAUCUUCUCUAGCUCUGGAAACUUGUCACAGUCUCACACUCAAAAAGAAACACUGAAACACUAACAAUAAACACAAAACUCACAAAACCACAAGAGAACACACUCAAUCACAUCUUCAUAUAUAAACCAUUUCCAGCAGAGAGCCUGAGAAACAAAACCAAACACCCCAUCAACAAACCAUUCAGAAAGCACCCAUUUUUAACCUCAAACACAGUUGAAACCCAAAACCCAGAUGCCACUUUAACCCGAUCCACCUUCUUCUCAAAUGGGUCACUCAAAUUUACCACCCACUCCCAAGCGCAACAACAACACGCGCCAAUGGCGCUUCCUAGACCUUGUUUCCGCAGCGUUCUUCUUCUUCGUUUUCCUCUUCUUUGCAAUGGUAUUCACUCCUCUAGGUGACUCCCUCGCCGCCUCCGGCCGCCAGACUCUCCUCCUCUCCACCGCCGACCCGAGACAGCGCCACCGCCUCGUGGUUGCGAUUGAGGCGGGGAAGCACAUCGUGGAGGCGUGCCCUGCCGACGAGGUGGAUCACAUGCCGUGUGAGGAUCCGAGGCUGAACAGCCAGCUGAGCAGGGAGAUGAACUACUACAGAGAGAGGCAUUGCCCCAGGCACCAGGACACGCAGCUCUGCCUCAUUCCGCCGCCGAAUGGGUACCGGAUUCCGGUAUCGUGGCCGGAGAGCUUGCACAAGAUAUGGCAUGGCAAUAUGCCACACAACAAGAUUGCUGACAGGAAAGGUCACCAGGGAUGGAUGAAACUAGAAGGUCAACACUUUAUAUUCCCUGGUGGUGGUACAAUGUUUCCAGAUGGAGCAGAGCAAUAUAUUGAAAAACUUGGUCAGUACAUUCCAAUAAGUGGAGGUUUUCUGAGGACUGCACUUGACAUGGGGUGUGGGGUUGCUAGUUUUGGAGGAUAUUUACUUGCUCAAAAUAUUUUAACCAUGUCUUUUGCUCCAAGAGAUUCACAUAAAGCUCAAAUACAAUUUGCUCUGGAAAGAGGAAUUCCUGCUUUUGUUGCUAUGCUUGGCACUCGCAGACUCCCAUUUCCUGCAUUUGGAUUUGAUUUAGUUCAUUGUUCUAGGUGUUUGAUCCCAUAUACAGCCUACAAUGCCUCCUAUUUCAUUGAAGUGGAUAGAUUACUUCGGCCUGGUGGAUAUUUAGUCAUCUCUGGUCCCCCUGUUCAAUGGCCUAAACAAGAUAAAGAAUGGUCUGAUCUCCAGGCUGUAGCAAGAGCCUUGUGUUAUGAAUUAAUUGUUGUAGAUGGUAACACUGUGAUCUGGAAGAAGCCUGCAGGAGAAACAUGUCUUCCCAACCAAAAUGAAUUUGGUAUCAAGCUAUGCGAUGAUUCAGAUGACCCAAGUCAAGCUUGGUACUUGAAAUUGAAGAAAUGUGUCAGUAGGACAUCUUCUAUCGAAGGAGAUUAUGCUAUUGGGACCAUUCCCAAGUGGCCAGAUAGGCUAACUGCUACACCUCCAAGGUCUGCACUUCUGAAAAAUGGUGUUGAUGUGUACGAGGCUGACACUGGGCGGUGGGCAAGGAGGGUUGCGCACUAUAAGAAUUAUCUAAACAUCAAGUUGGGAACUCCAUCUGUGCGCAAUGUCAUGGACAUGAAUGCAUUAUUUGGGGGUUUUGCGGCAGCCUUAAAAUCUGAUCCUGUAUGGGUAAUGAAUGUAGUUCCUGCUCAAAAGCAACCCACUCUUGAUAUGAUCUUCGACAGAGGUCUUAUUGGAGUCUAUCAUGAUUGGUGUGAACCAUUUUCAACAUACCCUCGAAGUUAUGAUCUGAUCCAUGUGGCAAGCAUUGAAUCCCUUAUAAAAGAUCCAGCUUCUGGUGAAAGCAGAUGUAAUCUUGUUGAUUUGAUGGUGGAAAUUGAUCGAAUGUUGCGGCCAGAGGGAACUGUCGUGGUGAGGGAUGCCCCUGAAGUAAUUGAAAAUGUAGCUCGCAUUGCUGGUGCAGUGAGGUGGAAGCCUACCAUUUAUGAUAAAGAACCCGAAUCACACGGCCGAGAACAGAUUCUAGUUGCAACCAAGACCUUCUGGAAGCUGUAAUUCUUAUCCCACUGACACAACUGUGUAAUUUUAGGUAAAAUUUCCUUCUCCAUUAUGUGGGGAUGAGGGUCUCAAAGAUAUCUUGUCUAUAUCUAUAUGUGCAUCAAAUGGAUGCAGUUUUCCAACUUUGUUCAAUAUUUUAAUAUAAAGAAGAUAGUAAGGUUAAUAGUUGAAAAAGAUGAAACGCUUCAGUGCAGUUUUACGUUGAAAACACAAGCCAAUUUUGUUUUCUCUUAAGGAUGAAUUGUAAUUGAAAAUUUUAUUUAUUAAAAUAGAAUUAUCAUUGAUUCCCAUUCAGCUACAUUUCACCCUUUGUUCUUUUUUCUUCAUAAGUACAUUGUUGCUUACUUUUAUCACGGAUUGAAUCUAAAUACCUGUUAGAGAUG